AAGCUGUUCCCAUCAAAUCCUCUCGCAAUUGUGGUUUAAUCAUCCUGGCGAAUGUGCAGCAUUUUGCAACUCGUCGGAGCGCUGCAGGGGCUUUGAUCUUGGGCUGCGGAGGAAGUGCCAGGCGGGUUUGGCACAAUGACUUGUCAUACAGGGCUUUAGCAGCGUGGCAGAAGUUGGCUGUUUUCAAGUUGCCUUCCCCCUUCCCCCUCCUCCUUCACUUCUGGGAUAUCUGAGCUGGCUUCUCUUCCCUGGGGGUUCCUUUCCUUCUCCUACUUGCUGCAGAAGGGACCAGUCUACCAUGGCCGGAGACAAACUUCCACCCAAAGUGAUGGAUCCUAAGAAGCUCGCCAGACUCUUGAAGAGCGGGACCGAAGGAAUGUUGGUCAUUGACAGCCGCUCCUUUGUGGAGUACAACUCCUGGCAUGUUCUCAACUCUGUCAACAUCUGCUGUUCCAAGCUGGUCAAAAGAAGGCUUCAGCAAGACAAGGUGGAGGCAGAGAAACAUCAAGAUGUUGUGGUUUAUGAUCAGAGCACAAGGGAUGUAAAUGGGCUGGCAACCGACAGUUUCCUAUCCAUUCUUUUGGGCAAGCUGGACAGUUGCUUCCACAGUGUCUCCAUCCUCACAGGGGGCUUUGCCACCUUCUCGUCUUGUUUCCCAGGACUCUGUGAAGGAAAACCAACUGCCAUCCUGCCAAUGAGUAUCUCUCAGCCAUGCUUGCCAGUGGCCAAUGUUGGCCCAACACGCAUCUUGCCUCAUCUCUAUCUAGGUUCCCAGAAAGAUGUCUUAAAUAAGGACCUGAUGACCCAGAAUGGGAUCAGCUAUGUUCUCAACGCCAGCAAUUCAUGUCCCAAGCCAGAUUUCAUCUGUGACAGUCACUUCAUGCGCAUUCCAGUCAAUGACAACUACUGUGAGAAACUGCUUCCUUGGCUGGAUAAAUCGAUUGAGUUCAUCGAUAAGGCCAAGGUUUCUAGCUGCCAGGUGAUUGUGCACUGCUUGGCAGGGAUUUCCCGAUCGGCCACCAUUGCCAUUGCAUACAUCAUGAAGACCAUGGGCAUGUCUUCAGAUGAUGCCUACAGGUUUGUCAAAGACAGACGUCCCUCCAUAUCACCCAAUUUCAACUUCUUAGGUCAACUCCUAGAGUAUGAGAGAAGUUUGAAGCUGCUCAAGGCUUUGAAGGCUCAAGGAGAGAAAGGGGAAGGGGAAUCCCAGCAAGAAUACUUUGAGACUUGUGAAGGUAAUAGACCCCAGACUCUUUCUCUCUCAGAAAAGACUGAGGAGGUAUUAAAAAGCACAAUCUUGGAAACAUCCUGCAUUGACUCUGAGCGAUCACUAGGGAUUUCAAAGGUUGUCUCACCCAUGGCGUUGCAGCAAGGACUCAAUGGGCUGCAUUUAUCUUCUGAUCGCAUCCAAGACACCAACCGACUCAAGCGUUCUUUUUCUCUGGACAUCAAGUCAGCCUACUGUCCUACCCAAAGGCAGGAGAGCCCGGUUCCUACCGAAGUAGGGGAAACUCCCAAGCUUUGUAAGUUGGACAGCCCUUCGGGUCCCAAUGGUACCUGCCAGUUCUCUCCUCUUCCAGACGGUUCUGACUGGCCCAGCGGACCUGACUUCAUUCUAGAGGCCAAAGUACGACAGCGACGGAAGCACAGGCACCAAGCAGGCUCCCCUGCCCAUGGGCUGAGCCUUAAUUUCAGUGGGAUGUGUGCCAUGCACAAAAGCACCAGCAUGGAGGACAAUCUCAAGCAGACCCUUCGGCUGAGCCUUCCCAAUGUAGGGCAGCAGCUGGCACAGCCAGCCACCGCCCCCUCCAACGCUGGUACUUGGGGGAUGCACGUGGAGUCCCCAAGCACGCCUACCUCGGAGAACCCCUGGUACUUCGGCACAGACUCGGCAGCGGGCAGCAAAGGCGGCGGGAGUGGAACUCUCUUUGCCAGCGCCACCACCUACUCUUCAUUCAGCUGCAGCACAAUCCAGGCAAGCUGCGAGAUCAGACUGAGGGACAAGCAGCGAGGAGAGCAGCGAGAGGUGCGGCACAGCUGGCACGAGGACACCAUGCCUGAGAAGCAGUUCAAAAGAAGGAGCUGCCAGAUGGAAUUUGAAGAAACCUUAUCGGAGAGCAGAUCUCGGGAAGACCUGGGCAAAAUUAGCAAACAGUCUAGCUUUUCAGGCAGCAUGGAGAUCAUAGAGGUGUCCUGA